AUGUAUGUCGUCGCACCGGCUUUACCAGCCCCUUACAAGUGGCUUCAGGUCCCUUUAAGUGCGCUGCAUACGGAUCGAUGGCCUGGCUACUUCGCCAUGUGGCCAGAGCGAUCCAAUAUACGCUCAUACUAUGUAAUGAUCCCUGCCGAGCUCAAAGAUGCAUUUUUCCGCAACCCUAGCAUGCGUGAUGCUUCGCAGUGGUCACUGGCAGUUAUUGCUACAGCCACGGUAGUAACUAGUGCCAUGGCACUUUAUUAUUAUGCAACAUACAAUGGAUUCGAGCCUGCUAACUUGAAUCUUGGUUAUUAUGUUUCUUUGCUGAGCCCACAGGAGUUUAAUUGGACAUCAGGAUUCUCUUUCAGCUUUUUGGAUCUCAAUGAAGACGAUGAGGAAGAUCAUGAUGAUGACGAACAUAUUGACCCUGAGCUCCUCGAUGGCUUUGAGUCUGCAAAUUUACAUCACUGCUGCAAUGUUCGUCUCGUUAGUGCAGAUCCGACCAGUGAUCUUUGUCACCGUCCGCUCCAUAUGGACUUGUUGGAAGGUAAAACAAGUCGCAAGCCGUUGUGCUCAGGUAUAUUGAAGAGUCCUCGAGCUUCAAUUUUGAAACAACCGAAUCAAAGUCUUUGCUGCGAUCUACGAAAGCCAGCGGAUACUCCUAAUCUGCGGCAUUCUCGGAGUUUUCAAUAUGCGUCCUCCUCUCCGCGAGGAUCGUGGGUGAAAGAAUACACUAUAUCCAAAGGAGGGAAACGCUUGAAGACAAGCUCAAGUUCAGACUACUUGACUGUCCCCCCGGAACAAACAUGUCCAGCGUAUGAGCGAGCGUCGCACCCCAUCAAGAAUCCAUCACGGAGAGUCUCACUUACUGAGCCGGACUGGCAACCUUUUGCAGACUCACAUUAUCGUGCCCGGCAACGAACUGUCCUCGCAAAAUUGGUCAAGACAUAUCUUAACAAGUCGCUUGACUCAACUACGCCCUCCACGCCCACUGAGCAGAUGGCUGAUAAAUUCUUUAAAGAAACGUUGCCGCUAGUUUCAUCCUCACCUCUCCGAAAUGGAUCUGAAUUUUGGUUUGAACGUUUCGCUGGAUCUACAGCGGCAGGGCGUAAGCGCAGUGAUUUCCGUCGUCGCAAAAGAACCCUUGCUGACAGCUUCAACUCGAGCGUAUUCGACAAGCUGAUCCAUUCUCCAAAUGCUGCUACGCCCGAAUGA